UAAUGUGUGUGGUUCAUUUCAGCUUGCGUGGACAGAGAGUGCAACAUUGAAUACAAAAGAACAUCUUCACAACAUCAGCACGUGUUUUUGCAGGACUCUCAUUUGUCUUGUUUCUCCAGCAGAUAUGAGGGUCUGCUUGAUGUUCAUUUUUUUACUUGGUGCAACAUUUGCUUCAACUGUCAAAGGCAAAUCUCAUGGAAAACAUCAUGGAAUUCAGAAGACCUCACACUCAGCCACAGAAAAGGAGGUCAUCACCAUGGAGGCCAAUAUGCCACAGGUCUUUCCCACUUUGGUCACAUUUGAGGCCGGAAGUCCAGAACAAGAAGAUGAAGAAGUAAGAUCUGAGGAUAAUACUAAUGCCACAAAAGGGCAGAAAGAGGUGAUAGAAAAAAGAGAGAAAAGCCCUGCUGUCUUGUUGAGUGAAGAAGAACUGAAAGACCUUUUGAAGAAGAAGGCAGAAGAAGCAGGAGAAGGAGAGGAAGAGGAUGAUGACAUAGCACUGGCAAUGACUGAGGGUGAAGUAACUUCAAAUUAUGAAAAGAAGCCAGAUGGCAGUUUGGAAGCAGAGAAAAAGAUACCAUAUAAGGAGAAAAAGAGUGUUGACACUGAGGAAGAAGAGGACAAAGUGGAGGAAAAGAAGGAGAAGCCUGCAAACAAACUGACUGAACAAGAUGGGCAGGUGGGAUUGUUGGAGGAAACAGAGAGCAGCACAGAAUCGGAACCUUCAGCUGAUCUCUAUUUUGCUGCUGCUAACGGUGAAAUACCUGUUCAGGUGGAAUCAGAAGAUCUCAACCCAUUAACUGAAAACCAAAAGUCUCCAUCAGAAAAGGAUCUUCCAGAAACUAAAAAAGAGGAGGUGGGCGAGAAAGAGCUGCUCAUACAAGACAUGCAGCCCCCUGAGACAGGAGACAGGGAGAGAGUGGCUGAUCAGAACGAGGAUUCGUCGACCAAAUCAAAAGAAAAACACCCUGGUAGGCAAGACCAAGAGGCAAUCAUGGACCAUGGUCAAGAAUUAAAGAGCAGUGCUGGGCUUAAAUCUGGUUCACAGCGGUCUGAAGAGGAAGAAGAGAAGGGCAAGAAUGACAGAGGAGCUUUCACAAAGAGACAGACAAGGAAGCAGAAGAAAAUCAAGAGACCCAGAAAGCACUCCCCACAGAGGAAUGAAACACAUCCAGUACAAGAUCACGACCAAAUGGACCAUCAGGAGUUUGAGGGCAGCAGCACUCAGAACAUAGUCCAGCAACCACAGAGGAAACGGACAAGAAAAUGGGGUCCUAUAGUGGGGGUGAAUCCAGUGCAGAUCAGAGCUGCAGUGGUUUUGUAUCCUAGGUCCAGGUCCUCUUUUAGUGGGGACUUACAUCUUUCAGGAACUCCAGCAGAUCCAUGUGAAAAUUUCCGCUGCAAGCGUGGAAAAACAUGUAAACUUGAUGGAGAUGGUAAUCCUGGAUGUGUGUGUCAAGAACCAUUAGAGUGCCCACCAAGCAUGAAUGAGUUUGAACAUGUUUGUGGGACAGAUAACAAAACGUAUGAUACAUCGUGCAAGCUUUUUGCUGCUAAAUGCAACUUGGAGGGCACAAAGAGAGGCCAUAAACUUAAUUUGGACUACCUUGGCCCAUGCAAACUAAUACCUAAGUGUAUGAAGAAUGAGCUGGUCCAGUUCCCUCUGCGAAUGAGGGAUUGGCUGAAAAAUGUGCUGCUGCAGCUCUAUGAGCAUGACUCCACAUCCCCAGGCUUCCUGACCCCAAAACAGCGUUUCAGGGUGAAGAAAAUCUUUGAGAAUGAGAGGCUUCUUCAUGCUGGCAAUCACUCUGUUGAGCUUCUUGUGCAGGACUUUGAAAAGAACUACAAUAUGUACAUCUAUCCAGUGCACUGGGAGUUUGCUAAACUGGAUCAGCAUCCUACCGACAGGAUCCUGUCCCACUCAGAGCUGGCCCCACUCAGGGUCCCUCUGGUGCCAAUGGAGCACUGUAUCCCUCUCUUUUUUCAGGAGUGUGAUGCUGACAAGGACAAACAAAUUACCUUUAAAGAGUGGACCUCCUGCUUUGGUAUCAAAGAUGAGGACAUGGAUGUCAACCUGCUUUUCUGAGCUUCAUCUCUGCGCCCAUCUCCCACUGAGACAUUUGGAAACUUUAAAAGGAAUCUUCUACACAUCACUUGACUUUUGAUCUCCAAUUAAAUAUGAGGUCAAAUUAUGAAACCUGUUUCUAACCCAAACCCCUAACCCUUCCUAAUUUUGAAAGGAAAGUAUUGGUAAUUAUUGUUGUUAUCCUGUAUUAGGGUGUGUUUGGUCAUUUAAUUAAGGGAUUUGUAACUUAGAUCAAUAAAACUCUUUCCAAGAGUGUUAGAUUUCUGUUUAGCUAGUGUUGUCCGGAAAGUGUUUUCUAAUGCAUUCCACACAGGGGUUAAGUUCCACUUUGUACAAUCUUUGAUGCUGGCUUUUAAAUAACAUAUGCAGAGUGAUUUAGAUUAGAAUUAAUCCUCAAAAUCAUUCAAUGUUAGUGUAUUUUCAAACUCUUAUGUUAUAAUUCUACUGUAAGUGUGUAACUGUGUCACUUAACCUGGCAGUAAAUGUGGUAAAUGUCUUGUGAUUUUAUGUUUUUUAAUUAAAAGCCUAACUGGCAGCAAAAAACAUCACAGAAAGAUCACACAGAAUAUUUCUGUGCAUCCUGACAUUAUAAAAAAAAACUGUGCUCCUCUGAUGUGUAAAAAUAAAGUUUUUUUCACACUUGCGUGGAUCCCUGUUGGUAGGCACCAAUUUAUAAUUUAAUAUUUAAAAGCUUUCUAAUGCUUAGACACUGUUUAUAAAUCAGUACAAGUCGUGUGAGAUACUUACACCCAUAACGAAACAAAAGUGCGUUUUUCUUUUUUUUUGCUGUUUUGUUAUAAACUUUUCUUUAACUGCCUGUAUUAAAUACCUUUACCUAACCAACUUACGUAUUCCAUGUAUGUCUCUCGGAGUUAUCAUAUAAUGCUCCUGUUCCACUGGCUCUAUUUAGGCGGCGCGGCUCCACUUGGUCUGGCACAGAACCUGUUGUGUCUGACCCACUGACGGGUGGAGCUUUAGCUGAAGCCCCGCCUCCAGCCAUCAGUGUUUUCUGCUGUGCCACUAUUAAUGUUACUGUGUGAAAUUGUCCCAUGUUAAUCUGUGUGAAACAAUAAUAAAUAAAGACAUAAAUAGUAAAUAAAAACAUGUCAGGAGCAGGGACAAAAAAAAGAAGGGUACCGAUCUGGAAAAAUCUCUAAUGGAAAUCCUCGCAAAGCAGGCUGAGUGGAGUGGAGCCGGGCUGAAUAGAGCCUGUCAUAAUGGGGCAUAAGGCAUUUGUUGACAGAAUGGAGUAUUGGAGUAAGAGCCAAUUUUGUCCUAUUACACACAUUUGUUCCUCAGUACGGUUUACUUGUAUUCUGUAGAGUUGAAGUCUUUGAGUCUUAUGUUGAGAACACUGAACAGAUUUUUGGAUAAACUGACAAUAUAAAAUGCAUUGAACUUC